AUGGCGGCUUCAGGGCACGAGCGGCGCUAUAUAAGCAAUAGUCACUUUGGCGACAACACCAACAUCUACCAAGGCGAUGUCCAUCUCCACAUACCCCACAAACAGGCCCGUGCGGAAGUCAAAGCUGUCUGUGCCAUUCCAUAUCCGCGCAACGAAGAUUUAGUCUCUCGUCCGGACCUUAUCAAUAAGCUAGACGAGCUAUUGCCACAAACGCCAGGCUUCUAUAGCGCCGCGCUUUGGGGCCUAGGAGGCUCGGGCAAAACGCAGCUUGCACUUCAUUACGCGUAUCAACGGUGCAACGGCAGUGAAUAUUGCGUCUUCUGGGUGCAUGCCGACAGCGAAGCGACUUUUACAACUGAUUACAAGACAAUUGGCAAGAAGCUCGGAGUCAGUGAGACGCUCGAUGGAUCAGAUCUACUUGACGCGGUGCGCAGUAGCAUCGAAGCACAGCCACAAUGGGUUAUCAUCUUGGACAAUGCCGAUGAUCUAAAGUUGUUUGGAGUGGUUGAUUCGAAUCGGACGAAUGAAAGUCUGUACAAGUACAUCCCUCAAGGGUCACACGGGACGGUACUCUGGACAAGCCGUGAUAAGAAAAUCGAAGGCACACUUGUCGGCUCGACUCGAGGCAUUAUGGUUCCCCCCAUGACAAGAGAUGAAGCGACAAGUCUUCUUGUAGCAGCUAGCGGCGAUGCGUCAGCUGUGGCAGACACAGAAAUCGAUCGGCUUCUAGAAGAGCUACAGCGACUUCCAUUGGCAGUCUCGCAGGCUGGAGCAUACCUACGGCGAACAUCGAUGACGAUUAAAGAAUACCUUGAACUCCUGAUGCAAGGCUCAAGCCGAUGGGAUCUUCUCAAGACGAAUGAUUUUGAUCGGCAUAGGCGACCGGAGGUGUCAAAUAGUGUGCUUGAGACGUGGAAGAUCUCGACAAGGCGAAUUCGAGAGGAAAGCGAGUUAUCGUAUCGCCUUCUCCACAUAAUUGCAUACGUGGACAACCAAGAUAUACCCUAUGAGCUGAUCAUGGCAGCCAGCCAGUACGAUGUUGGCGACAAGGGCAAAGCCAAGCAGAUUUCUGACACCGAAGUUAAGCAGGCCAUUACACGGCUAGUGGAGUUUUCAUUUCUUGAUAUGCGUCGAGAGGAGGGAGGUUUACAGAGCUAUGAGAUGCAUAAACUCGUACAAGAAGCAGUUCGAUAUGGGUUGUGUACCCAAGGGCGGAUGGAGAUGGCCCAAGGCAUGAUUACAACAACUGGGCAAGACAACACGGAGACUGGAGAGGCAUACUACGCGAGUAUGACUCUGCAGAUAGUGGAUGAUAUGUUUCCAAUAACAGAGAAAACAUCGUGGGCAACAUGCGACAAGUAUAUGGCUCAUGCUAUACGAGUGGGAGAAUGGGCAGAGGUGAGCGGCAAGAAGGUUGAAACAGUAAAAUUACUCGACAAAGUAUCAGGGUUUCUGUACGAUCGAGGGCGAUGGAGAGAGAAGGAGCCACUUGACUUGAGGGUGUUGGAUCUCCGGCGAGAGACGCUUGGAGAGAUGCACCCAGGUACAAUCUGGAGUUUGGCAAGUCUUGCAGGAACAUAUUUUGAGCAAGGCCGAUAUGACGAAGCUGAAAGAAUAUGUACAAAGGCAUUAAAUCUUCGACAAGAGGUGCUUGGAGAAAAGCACCAACACGCAAUUUGGAGUAUGCAACUGCUUGCGGUUAUAUAUACUGAACAAGGCCGAUAUACUGAAGCUGAAGGGAUUUGUAAACAAGCAUUGAAUAUCCAAUGCGAGGUGCUCGGGGAAAAUCAUGCUGAUACAAUGUGGACUAUGUCAUACCUUUCGGUAGUACAUAUUUGGCAAGGCCAAUAUAGUAAAGCUGAAGGGAUUUGUAAGCAGAUACUGCACUUUCGACGGAAAGAAUUUGGGGACAACCAUCCAGAUACUAUCAAGAGUAUAAGAGACCUUGUGGAAACAUACUAUGGACAAGGCCACUAUGAUAAGGCUGAAGAGUUACAGAAACAGGUACUGGAUCUUCAACGAGAGGUAAUGGGGGACAAGCAUCCGUAUACAACUAGGAGCAUGAAAGACCUUGGAACAACAUACUUUUGUCAAGGCCGAUAUCACGACGCUGAAAGAAUUUAUGAGCAGGCAUUGGUUAUUCAACGGGAAGUGUUUGGAGAAAAUCAUCCAUUUGUAUUGCAAACUAUGGGAUGCCUUGCAAGAGCAUUAAGCGUACUGGGCCAGUAUGACAAAGCUGAAGAAUUACAAAGGUCGGCAUUAGAACUUCAACGGGAGUUGCUUGGGGAGAAGCAUCCGGACACAAUUACGAGCAUCAGACGCCUUGAAUUGAUAAAGGGUGACCGAGGCCGGAAAAUCAAGUGGAAACCAGGCCGUGGAAAUUUGAGGGGAUUUCUACAUAGUAGAUUUAGGAAAUCUAAAGAGUAGGAAUAAUAAUAAUAAAAAAAGUAUGACCAAA